UUUUUGAAACGGUUGGAGUCUUUGAAAGAUUCACAAAAAUCAAAAGCAAUGCGAAAAACUCGAUUCGAAAAAUCGAAGCCAAAUGAACAGCAAAUAAUUCGGUCGACGGUGGCGAUGUACGAGGAGUUUGCUAAGCAAGAUUCAUCGGAACUGCUAAAAUUCGAUCAGAUUCCCCUUUCGAGUCAAACUCUUAAAGGUCUGCAUGAGAACAAUUUUUAUAAGCCAACGGAAAUUCAGCGCGAUUCACUUCAAUAUUCUUUAACUGGAUUUGAUAUUAUUGGAGCUGCGAAGACUGGAAGUGGGAAAACUUUGGCAAUUUUAAUUCCUAUGUUGGAAUGCCUAUGGAGAAAGUCAUGGUCAAGAAGUGUGGAUGGUCUUGGUGCAUUAAUUAUCGUUCCGACACGAGAAUUGGCCUUUCAGAUAUUUCAUAUUUUAAAUAAAGUUGGUGCUCAUCAUCAGUUAUCAGCUGGAUUAUUAAUUGGAGGUACAGAUGUAGAAUUUGAAAAGAAAAGAUUAGGUAGCGUUAAUAUUUUGGUAUGUACACCGGGUCGUUUAUUGCAACAUAUGGAUGAAAAUGAUUCAUUCUGUUGCGAUAAUCUACAGAUGUUGAUAAUUGAUGAAGCUGAUCGUAUCCUUGACCUCGGAUUUCAAUCUCAGAUGAAUGCUAUCCUUGAAAAUCUUCCUAAAGAUCGCCAAACACUACUUUUUUCGGCUACUCAGACAAAAAAGGUCGCUGAUUUAACACGACUGGCCCUACGCGAUCCUAUUUAUAUUUCUGUGCAUGAAAAGGCUACUCAAGCCACUCCUGAAAAAUUGAUUCAGAGUUAUUUCAUUUGCGAAGAUGAGGAAAAAAUCAACAUACUUUGGUCUUUUCUAGUAAAUCAUCGCAAGAAGAAAUCGUUGAUUUUUGUUUCGUGUUGUAAACAGGCUCGGUUUCUAACUGAAAUAUUUUGCCACUUGCGACCAGGCUUAUCACUUAUGGGUUUAUGGGGAACGAUGAACCAAACAAAACGCUUAGAAGUUUUCAAUAGAUUUGACCAUAAAUCAACUGCAGCGUUGAUUGCAACUGAUGUUGCAAGUCGUGGGCUUGAUUUCUCACGAAUCGACAUGGUAUUCCAGUUAGAUUGUCCGGCGACCGUAGAUGAUUAUAUUCAUAGGGUCGGGAGAACGGCUCGUAUGGAUUCUAAAGGGGAAGCCUUUUUGGCCCUAACUUCAUCGCAGGAAGCUGCAAUGUUUCGUUUACUUUCAGAAAAAAAUAUUCCAGUUAACAAAAUCAGGAAACUACGUUCUACUAUUGCUCAAUUUCCGAAUUUAAAAGAAUAUGCACAAAGGAGUUUCGUUGCAUAUUUAAGAUCAAUAUUUUUGAUGCAAAAUAAAGAUGUUUUCGAUGUUAGAACGAUCAAUUACGAAGCCCUCGCUAAUUCGUAUGGAUUGGUGAUCGUUCCACGCGUCAGAUUCCUGGCUAAACAAAGUCGGAUACAAAAGGGCAUUACGAAUGACACACAUUUAGGGAAAAAGAAAAAAACUGCACAAGAAUCAUUGGGAAUGUUAACGAGCUCUGCAAAAAUAAAUAAAGAAGAUGUCACAGAAGUUCCAUUAUGUCUGUCCGAUUCGAAAAGAUCAAAAAAACCUUUAACGAAAGUUGCUGUUGCGAAGAAAUUGCAAAAAAGAGGAAUUCAGCUAAGCAGGAAGAAAGUAUUCUUGGAUGAUGAAAAUGAAAUAAUUGAACCAUCGAAGGAGUCAUCAAAUGUAAAUACUGGAUUCCUUGAUAUUGAUGAAAUACGUCGGGAAAUGUCCAAAAUCGAUAGCGAAGACAAAUUAAUUUACAAAGAAAAGAAAAAGCAGUCGCGAAAGGUUACAAAACGGAAUUUCUAUUUUAUUUUUCAAUUAAAAUAA